GCUAAACAACACACUACUAAACAACCAAUGGUCAAAAAAGAAAUCAAAAAGAACAGGGAGACAGCCUUGCAUAUGCCCCCACCCUGGAGCUGCCCAUGCCGCCAGUCAUCAGCCCCACCAUGUUCUUUAACAUUGCCAUGAAUUGCAAGCCCUUAGAACACACCUCUUUUGAGUUGUUUGCAGUCAAACUUUCAAAGAUAGUAGAGAACUUUCAUGCUCUGAGCACUGGGGAGAAAGGAUUUGGUAACAAAGUUUCCAGUUUUCACAGGAUUAUUCUGGGAUUUAUGUGCCAGGGUGAUGACUUCAGAGGCCAUCAUGGCACUGGUGGCAAGUCCAUCUAUAUGGAGAAAUUUGAUCAUGAGAAUUUCAUCCUGAAGCACACAGGUCCUGGCAUCUUGUCCGUGGCAAAUACUGGACCCAGUACAAAUGGUGCCCAGUUUUUCAUCUGCACUGCUAAGACUGAGAGACUGGAUGACAAGCAUGUGGUCUUUGGCAAGGUGAAAGAGGGCAUAAAUAUCUUGGAAGCCAUGGAGCAUUUUGGGUCCAGGAAUGGCAAAACCAGCAAAAAGAUAACCAUUGCUGACUAUAGAUAA